UAUAAGAGUACCUGUAAUGAAGCAGGACAGUCAAGAUAUGAACGCAGCAAGGAACGCAAAAAAAAUGAAACUUCUCAGCUUUGUACUUUUUGCCAUGAUGGGCGCAGAGAACAGUCAACUACAAUUAAUUGACUGUGGAACAAACUUAAGGCGGCCACAAUACACUGACAUCUCGGUAACUUGUGGAACCAAAUCUAUUAGCCUGGCUAUCCUCAUCUGCCCAGCCAUGUACACUGGCUACAACGAGUCCCUGCUUAUCCUCAACCACGUCAUGAAUGGCCCAGCCUGCAAGGGAACCUUAGAUCAAAGUGUGAUUCCACCUGUCGUGAGGUUUGAAUUCCCCCUCAACACAACCAAUUCCUGUGGCAGCCUCUUCAGGACAAUCAGCGCCGCAGGCACAGGAAUAUUCUCUGACUUCUCCAACCUCCAGACAGUCAACAUCAGUGGUGUGGUCCGAUCAUAUGAUCCCACCACAGGGCCAGUCACUUACAACACUGAGUUGAAGUAUUAUUACUCCUGCGCCUAUCCCUUAGAGUACCUGACCAACAACACCCAGAUUGAUACGUCGGCAUCGUCCAUUGCGGUUAAGGACAACAAUGGUACUUUCAUCAGCACUUUGAGUCUUAAUCUUUUCAGCGAUGACAACUACAUUUCGCCCUUAAUCAUUCCGAAACAGGGUCUUGAGCUGAGGACCGAAAUCUACACUCGAGUCCAAGCCACCAACCUGACCUCCCAUUACCACGUGUUCCUGGACCAAUGCUACGCCUCCAUUUCUCCACAACCCGACGGUGACAACUCCACUGUCUUCAACCUGUUUGUCCCUUGCAAUGUCGACCCGUUGACCGUCAUCAAAGAGAACGGAGAGAGUCAACACGCCUGCUUCUCCUUCCCGGCCUUCCGCUUCAUGGAGCAACCAAAUGAGAUGAUGUCCACCUACUUCCUCCACUGCAUCACCCGUCUCUGUGAGGAGAGCACCUGCAGUACCCUUAAACAAUGUACCAACCGGAGGAGAAGGAAUGCCGUUCCCGACGGAGUGACAGGGUACACAACCAUUAGCUCUACUCCUAUCACCAUCAGAGCAGAAAGAGUUGUGGCAAUAAAAGAACAGGAGACUGCCAGCAACAACUCAGACACUUCUACAGGACUUGGUGUGGCAGUGGGCUUUCUGGCAUUCGUCUGUAUUAUUGUCAUGAUAAUGGCAGCAGUCUUCUACAGGACACUCAAACCAUUAAAAAGGGGGUUGACUGCUCCACCUUGAAUGAGUUGAAAUAUGGGUCAGCAAGACAGACGGCGUUGUCCCUUUAAAUACAGGUCAGGUUGGUGGCAUUGACUUGAGUAUAAAUGGGGUCCUCAGCUCAAGACCGAGUGUGUGGUCCGCCUGCUGGUCUCACACCUCUGGAGGAGGACUCAACUUAUCAUGCCUUUUUUUCACAUUUGUUUACAUUUGGGAGAUCUUGUUUUUCCAGUUAUUUGUCUGCUACGGCUGAUUAAUGUCGUGUAUCCUAAAGAAUAGAACAAUCCACCUUUUAGAGUGUUUAUGUAAAGACACUAUUACAGGCUUAGCUAGUGCUGUGUUUAUGUAAAGACACUAUUACAGGCUUAGCUAGUGUUGUGUUUAUGUAAAGACACUAUUACAGGCUUAGUUAGUGCUGUGUUUAUGUAAAGACACUAUUACAGGCUUAGCUAGUGCUGUGUUUAUGUAAAGACACUAUUACAGGCUUAGCUAGUGCUGUGUUUAUGUAAAGACACUAUUACAGGCUUAGCUAGUGCUGUGUUUAUGUAAAGACACUAUUACAGGCUUAGCUAGUGCUGUGUUUAUGUAAAGACACUAUUACAGGCUUAGUUAGUGCUGUGUUUAUGUACAGACACUAUUACAGGCUUAGUUAGUGCUGUGUUUAUGUAAAGACACUAUUACAGGCUUAGCUAGUGCUGUGUUUAUGUAAAGACACUAUUACAGGCUUAGCUAGUGCUGUGUUUAUGUAAAGACACUAUUACAGGCUUAGCUAGUGCUGUGUUUAUGUAAAGACACUAUUACAGGCUUAGCUAGUGCUGUGUGCAGGUGCUCAUUUAAUGUCAUGACUAAUGUACUUAUGUCGCGUUAACGUCCUGUCGCAGUGAUCGGAGGAACGACUUGGAGCGUUCGAGUGCUCGGAGUUCAGAAAUAAAGCAAGAUCGGUUCUCACCAUUGACCACCCGAAAUCACGGUCAUGUUUGUGGUGCGUGAAGUCAGUGUUCAGCAUGUGGGAAAGAGAUCAUGGCCAAGUUUCCUAGUCGUAACGACAAGUUGGAGGGGUAUUCACGUGCAUAUAUCCCAGUAGGAAGGUCGUAUUUACGAUUUACCCGAAAAUAUAUGAACGCGGGCAUGAAGGCCGCUCUGCCCCGAAGAAAUAAUUAAUGUGGUUGGUUGACUCAAUUACGAGGGCGGGGCUUACAUUUGAUUUCUAACCUGCUGCAUGCUACAAAAUGAUAAUUUAACCAAUCUGCUGUUAUGGUGAGUGAGCAAUUUUUGGGUGAUUUAUUGUAUGAUUCUGUUUUUGUAGAUAAAUAUAGCUAGUUAUCAUUGGAAAGUUGUUCUAAUCUCACAAAUAUAACAUGUUCAUUAAAAAAAGUAUAUCUUCUUCAUUAAACAACCUGCUAGAAAGCUAGCUGGUGCUGGUAAGAUGGCUCGAUAACUAAUUGUGACGUGGCGAGAAUCACUAGACGGGAAGGUACGUGCUUCGACUAACCUCAGCGCCCCUCACACAUUGGGGCCAUGUGUGUCCGACUGCCUCACAGCCACCAUCCCACUUCUGACACCAAUGUAGCGAACGGAGGGAGCGGCGAACCUGGGUCUCCAGCGUGAAAGGCAAACCACCUACGCAAUCCCGCCAAUAUGGAAAGCAAAGAUUGCUACAGUAUGUUUUGUUGAUUUUGAUUAUUUAACCCCCUAGAGCCAAUUUGUAAGUCGCUCUGGAUAAGAGCGUCUGCUAAAUGACUUAAAUGUAAAAAAUGUAAAUGUCUAUUGAUGCACCGGGGCAUCCAUAUAAGUGACAUAGUAAAUAAAUCUGUCAAUUUAAGCUAGAGAUAUCUGCUUUCUUGCAUUGACUUCGUCUCAAUCCACCGCAUCCACCUACGUCGCCCUUCCUCUUAUGCAGUGGAAAGUGGCAGAGCUACAGCACUGUUUGUCAGACCAGGUGACAUCUUGAAGAUCGGCCUUCUCAUAUCCGCCUACAGAGGGGAGACUCUCACGAACACAAUGGUGUGCUCCGUUUUGGUCUACGACCCCCACAAGUGUCACGGGACUCGUCUGAAGUCAGUAAUGCUGAUGUACCAACUUUUGUCUGUAGCAUCUGGGCUACAAACUAAUAUGACAUGGGAAGAACUGCUCUGGUAGGCUGCAUGAAACUAGUAACUAACGUCACUAGUUACCACAGCCACAAUCAUAAACCCCGCCUAUUUCUACAAUUUCUCUUCUUAACCUAGAGUUGAUGUCCACGCCCCCGCGUAAAUCUAAUUAGCAUAUAUUUUGCAUGGGCUGCGUCUCAAUCCCUCACAUCGGCCAAUGGCGGCCUUCCGCAUCUGCGGUGGAAGGUGGCCGAGCUACAGUGGUGUUUGUCAGACUAUAAGACAUCCUGAAAAUCAGUCAUCUCAGAAAAACAUCUGUAGCUUUUGAACAGUUUGGGUUGCGUCACGUCACGGGACACGCCGGAAGUCGGUA